AUGGAGGCACCCAAGGCGGAGACAGUUGUCCCUGUCCGCGAAGAAGCACAGCCAGCUGCCACCACAGAACAGGAGAUCAACCCCUGGGAUGUGAAAGGUGCAAAGGAUGCGCAGGGAAACACUUUAGCUUUCGACUAUGUUGCUAUUUCAAAGAAAUGGGCAACUAAACUGAUAGACGACGAGAUCCUCCAGCGCUUCGAGCGUCUUACCGGACGCAAACCGCAUCGUUGGUUAAGACGUGGCCUUUUCUUCUCCCAUCGAGACUUUGACAGGAUCUUGGACAAGUACGAAUAUGGCGAACCUUUCUUCUUGUACACCGGCAGAGGGCCGUCCAGUGAUGCGCUACAUCUUGGUCACACCAUCCCUUUCGCAUUCACAAAAUGGUUGCAGGAUGUUUUUGAUGUUCCAUUGGGUAUGCCUCUUGCAGAUGAUGAAAAGGCGCUCUUCAAGGAAAAACUCACCUUUGAGGAGACAUACAAGUUUGGCCUUCAAAACGCAAAGGAUAUCAUUGCGUGUGGCUUUGAUUUGAAGAAGACCUUCAUCUACAGUGACUUGGAGUACAUCAAGGGCCCAUUCCUCACAAACGUUUGGGAAUUCUCAAAGCUACUUACAUUCAACCAAGUCCGUGGUGCAUUUGGAUUCAAUGAGAGCACAAAUAUCGGUCGUAUAAUGUUCCCCGCAGUCCAAUGUGCUGCCGCCUUUGCUACUUCAUAUCCAGAGAUCUGGGCAGAUAAGCCAGCCACAGAUCGAACAAAAGCCAUUGCCAAGAUCCAGUGUUUGAUUCCCAUGGCUAUCGAUCAGGACCCCUACUUUAGACUCCUGCGCGAAAACUCUCAUAGAAUGCGUUUCCCUUCUCCAAAACCAGCAUUGAUCCACUCUCAGUUCCUUACCGCACUUCAGGGAGCCGGCGGGAAGAUGAGCGCCAGUGAUCCAAACUCCGCUAUUUUCAUGUCAGAUACCCCUAACCAAAUUAAAAAAAAAAUCAACUCGCACGCCUUUAGCGGAGGCCAAGAAACGGUCGAACUACAUCGUCAGCUUGGUGGAAACCCUGAUGUAGACGUUUCUUUCCAAUACAUAUCUUAUUUCGAAGACGACGACGAAAAGCUCAAGAAGAUAGAACAAGAUUACCGCAAAGGUGACCUUUUGACGGGAGAAUUGAAGCAAAUAGCUAUCGCCUUGUUGCAGGAAUACGUUAAGGAGUUCCAGGAGCGGCGGAAGACUGUAACGGAUGAAGUUCUUAAGCAGUACAUGACGCCCAGGAAAUUAGAGUGGAAUGGCAAUCCGAAUCCGAUACCUAGACCAAAACAGAAAGACGGAAAGCCGCAACAGCCCAAGAAAGAGGAUAAGUAG